AUGGACCCCAACCCCGACCCUGCUCGCCGCUUUUGCCACGAAAACAUCCGCCUGCGCCACGAACGCAACGCCGAGCGCGAAGAACGCGCCCGCCUCCAGCGCAUCGUCGGCUACCUCGAUGCCGAACGCGCGCAAGAGCGCGAUCUCGCCGAGCAGCACUUCGGCACCAUCGCCGGCCUGCGCCACCGUUGCGCUUUCCUUGAAGGCGUGCGCGAGGACUUUGGGCGCGAGCGCCAGGAUUCCGAGCGCAAGUUGGGCGAGGUGAAGGGGGAACUCAGGAAGCUUACCGAUGAGUAUAUCGCGCGGGUAGAAGAGCUUGGCCGCGAGCGGAGGCUGAGUCGGGAGUAUGAGGGACGUCUCCGGGCUCGCGAGGAGCGCCGUGCUGGACGCGGGCUCCGUGAGCAAGUCGAGGAUGUCCGCGCGCAGCUCAAGCACGCGCAGGGCGAGAUAGCGCGUCUUGACCAGGAGUUGCGCAACGAGAGGCGUGUCUCCUCCGAUCUUCGCACGCAACGUGAUCAAGAGCGAGCGGCGGCGACCGCCUUCCAUGAGCAAGUCCUACAUGCGUGUCAUGUCUAUGGCAGCAGCACGAACACGCGCGGCACUCGCCUCACAAUCGAGGCCGGAGACCCGCUGGCGCAAGAUGUAGACAAUGAAGGCGGCGGCGGCGCAAGCGGCGAUGGAGCGGGCCGCGACGCGGCUAGCAGCGACGAGCAGCGCUUCCCGACUGACGACGGAGCGGCCUUCAUACCGCCCAGCGACGACACGGAGGACUCGGACGACGACCGGGGCGAUUUGGACGACUACGAUCCGUUCUCCAACUUUGAACCCUACACGACGAUUGAUCCGCGCUAUACGCGUCAGUUCCCCUCUUUCGCGCGUCCUGCCUCGACUUUCGCGCGCCCGUUUUCCACCUCCGCGGCCGACAACACGACGAACGACGAACGCACUGGCACGCCUGUCCCCGAUUUCGCGGCCUUCGAUGCGGAUGGUCAGCCCGUCGAGUACUCGCCUCCCCCUUUUGCGGCUUUCACCGCAGGCAGCCCGCACGUCGAGCCUCCUUUGCCCCAUACUGCAGCUUUCUCCGCACAUAACCAGCACUUCGCGCCUCCUCAGGAGCUUCAAUCAGCCACCGACCGCCCUCGUUGUCGCCUCGUCGAUGAGUGGCGUGAUAGGCUGCGCCGAUGUACUAGAACUCAUCCCCAGUUCAAUCCCUCGUCCCAGCAUGCACCUGCAGUCGACGAAGAGGCCGCACCCGCUCCUGGCCCCUCCCGCUUUGUGCCGCCUCCUGGGCGUUCUGCUGGCCCCAGGAUCUCGGACGACACUCAGGCCCAGCAGGGAUAUCCUGGAGAUGUGACUGCGAGGGUGCUAGAGCGUCUCGGUCGCUUGGAGGAGCAAGGAAACAGCACCGCGCAAUGUCUACGCCGAGUGGAGGAUAAUCUGGGCUAUAUCAUGCGGAACAUCGGUAAUGUCGCUCCUGCGACGCAGCCACCUUCUCCUGCUCAGCGCGGAUCGGGUUCUCGUGCCGAAGAUCAGGGCUGUGCUAUCAGCGAGCGUCUACUAGCUCUUGAACGUGUAGUUCCCGAUGCGCGGGGUUCUUCUACGCAACGCGGUUCGGUGGAUAUUUCUGUCGGCGAGAAUUGCCGCCCAGAGGGGAUCUCAACGCCAGACCGGCUCAUCGAUGGUACACCCUCUCCUCGCGAACAAGCUUUGGCGACAGUCGCACCUUCUGUAAUGGGUGAGGGCUCUGGCACGGUGAUACCGCACGGAGGCGAUGAUGCGACGAGCGUCACCGUAGAGACGGCGCAUCAUGCCCGGGCGCCAGCCGAUUCGAGUUUCACGCCGUCUGAGGUGCAUCCCAAGGGCCCUCGUCCGCUUCCACCGACGCCUGCGCGAGCCUCCUCAGCCCUCCUACACCAGUCACCGGUGUCAUCCUCCGUGACCAUGCGCGACUCGCCGCACAUUGUCCAACCGCCGAGGAAUAUCGACGUCUUCAUCAGAGGUACCAAAUCAAAUUCCUCAGGCGACGUCAAAAAAUUACGUGGGGGCGACGGAAAUCAAGUUAUCGGAGACGAUGUCCCUUAUGCUAGUAUCCAUCCGAACGACGCACACAAUGGCAAUGCAUCUCCCGCUGGCACUUCCGCUGGUUCUGAAGAUUUCAUGGCCGACCAUGACGUCUCCACUGCGCGCGAACAUGAUAAGGUCGACCACCCGUUCAUCCCUUUCCGCCUCACCGCCCACGAGAACGACGGAGCCCUCUACAUCCUACUCGAAGACGUCGACGCGCUAGUGGCGAAUACCUCGAGCCCCACCGCGGGAACGCUGGUCGACAACGAGGUCAGGCUCACCAUUGUCUUGUCGGAGGUCAUCGCGAUGUCUGUUAGGGCUCGGGUGCAUGUCAUGCACUCAGGUGACCGCACACGCCCCAUAUUGAGGUUGAGCGUACGGACCCGCUCCCGCUUGCCCGCGGACGCGAUUUGUCGCACUCUCGCGACUGCCGGCGAACUGAAGGUAAUGCGAUCAAUUGUCCUCGAUAUGCCCGACGAGGUCAUGGACUCCUCCGCUGCAACAGAUUGUAUCACUGGAUUUGUUGGCGGUACUGCCUCUCCGGUCGAUCUGUUUUCUGAGGGUGUCUCCUACUUUGGCGCUGCUGAGAAUGUUCCUCAUCCGUGGCGCUCCCUUGUUAGUUCUCAUCCGCGGCUGGGAGGACCGAGGGACGGAAUUACAGACAGUAUGGCGUAA